GGCCGGGCGCAGCCAGUCUCCAGUCUCCCGCCGCCGCCGCCGCUGCCGGACGCGCGUCGCCAGGGGCUGCGGGACCGCCGGCCGCCGGGCCGAGCGCAGAGUCGCGGCGCGGGGGGAGUCCCGGGCCGGGGCGCAGGUGGAGCCGGUGUCCUCCGCGAGCGUCCGGAUCCAGAGCGCCCCGUGCACCACCAUGACUGGGCUGUUGAAGAGGAAGUUUGACCAGCUGGAUGAGGACAACUCCUCGGUCUCCUCCUCCUCCUCUUCCUCUGGGUGCCAAUCUCGCUCCUGCUCUCCAAGCUCUUCCGUCUCCCGUGCCUGGGACUCAGAGGAGGAAGGUCCCUGGGAUCACAUGCCCCUGCCUGACCGUGACUUCUGUGGCCCCAGAAGUUCUACCCCCCUGUCUAUCCUGAAACGGGCUCGCCGGGAGCGCCCAGGCCGGGUAGCCUUUGAUGGGAUCACCGUCUUCUACUUCCCCCGUUGCCAGGGCUUCACCAGUGUGCCCAGCCGUGGCGGCUGCACUCUGGGCAUGGCCCCUCGCCACAGUGCCUGCCGCCGCUUCUCUUUGGCUGAGUUUGCGCAGGAGCAAGCCCGAGCCCGGCGCGAGAAGCUCCGUCAGCGCUUGAAAGAGGAGAAGUUGGAGAUGCUGCAGUGGAAGCUUUCGGCCGCUGGGGUACCCGACACAGAGGCAGGGCUGCUGCCUGCGGUGGAUGCCAUCGAUGACGCCUCUGUGGAGGAGGACUUGGCAGCUGCUGUGGCAGGUGGCCGGCUGGAAGAAGUGAGCUUCCUACAGCCAUACCCAGCCCGGCGACGUCAAGCCCUGCUGAGGGCUUCAGGCGUGCGAAGGAUCGAUCGGGAAGAGAAGCGGGAGCUGCUGGCACUGCGCCAAUCCCGGGAAGAUUGUGGCUGUCACUGUGACAGGGUCUGCGACCCUGAGACCUGCAGCUGCAGCUUGGCAGGCAUCAAGUGCCAGAUGGACCACACCGCGUUCCCCUGUGGCUGCUGCAAGGAGGGCUGUGAGAACCCCAUGGGCCGUGUGGAGUUUAAUCAGGCUAGAGUUCAGACCCAUUUCAUCCAUACACUCACCCGCCUGCAGUUGGAGCAGGAGGCUGAGAGCUUUAGGGAGCUGGAGGCCCCUGCUCAGGGCAGCCCGCCCAGCCCUGGUGAGCAGGCCCUGGUCCCCACUUUCUCACUGGCCAAGCCCACAAUGAGCAACGAGCUGGGAGACAACAGCUGCAGCAGCGACAUGACUGAUUCCUCCACGGCAUCAUCCUCAGCAUCGGGCACUAGUGAGGCCCCUGACUGCCCCACCCACCCAGGCCUCCCUGGCUCCGGCUUCCAGCCUGGCGUGGAUGAUGACAGCCUGGCACGGAUCCUGAGUUUCAGUGACUCUGACCUCGGCGGGGAGGAGGAGGAGGAGGAGGAGGAAGGGAGUGUGGGAAACCUGGACAACCUCAGCUGCUUCCAUCCAGCCGACAUCUUUGGUACUAGUGACCCUGGUGGCCUGGCCAGCUGGACCCACAGCUAUUCUGGCUGUAGCUUUGCAUCAGGCAUCCUGGAUGAAAAUGCCAACCUGGAUGCCAGCUGCUUCCUAAAUGGUGGCCUUGAAGGGUCAAGAGAAGGCAGCCUUCCUGGCACCUCAGUGCCACCCGGCAUGGACGCUGGCCAGAGCAGCUCAGUGGAUCUCAGCUUGUCUUCCUGUGACUCCUUUGAGUUACUCCAGGCUCUGCCAGAUUAUAGUCUGGGGCCUCACUACACGUCACAGAAGGUGUCUGGCGGCCUGGACAACAUUGAGGCACCUCACUUCCCCCUGCCUGGCUCCUGUCCACCUGGGGAUGCCAGCACUUGCUUCCUGGAGUCCCUCAUGGGUCUCUCCGAGCCAGCCGCCGAAGCCCUAGAUCCCUUUAUUGAUAGCCAGUUUGAGGACACUGCCCCGGCAACUCUGAUGGAGCCUGUGCCGGUGUGAGGACCAGGAUGCCUUUCCCCAGCCCCAAAGCCCUGUUGCUGCUCUCUUGUAAUUGUGGGGCUCCCCAGAGUCUCUGUGUAACAGUCUCCCACUGGCUGGCUCACCCACAGGUGCCAGGUGCACACUCCUGGUUUUCAUACAACUCUCUGGAUUUAUUUAUUUGUUUUAACUUUUCUGUGCUGAAGAGAGGAUUGGAGGGGGGUACCCCUUUGAGCUGCCAGGCCCCCCACACCCACAGCUUGCUCUUCCAUCUCCAUAACGUGUACCUGGAAGAGGAGAAAGUGUGGCUCCCUGGAGCUUGGUCUUUGUGUGAUGUUCCUUAACCCAAAGACCGUGAGACAGGGCUGUGAAAUCAGGUGGCAGAAGCCACCCUCAGCCCUAGACCCAUGGAUGGCUAAAUCCUCAGGACUGUGAAGACUGUAAUUUAUUUCCGUAACUUAUUUGGAGAUUGAGGAGGCUUUGGUUGCUCCUCUCUGGCGGGUGGGCAGUGCCGGGGGUGGGGUGGGCACAGGCCCUCAGGAGCCCCUUUUGCCUUGUACUCCUACACCCUGCCCUGCCUUUAGUGUAGACUAGGUGUGGAUUCGAGCUCUAUGAGCUAUGUCUGCUGCCUGGCUCCUGGAUGGCUCUGCAGGCAGGGGCUGGCCAAGGACACCAUCUGGGCAGGGGGAGAGGCUGGGCUAACCAGCUGUGACCUUCUGUCCCACACUGCCCUCUCCACUUCCUGCCCUCUGUUCCAUCUUCCCCCUCCCCAAAGGCCAUAGCCUUUCUUCCAGGCCCAGGGAUGUAGGAGGGGGAAGGAGGAAACAGGAGGCUCAGAGAGGGCAAGGGGCCUACCUCGGGCGCGAGCCAUGCCCCAGCCUAUUAUCUCAGGGCUUUCUGGGCACUGCACUUCAGCCUGGCCCACCUGCCCAUGCCCUGAGGCCAGUUAGCGAGGGGUGUCUCCUGAGGGCUUUUAUACCGUUUCUUUGCUAAUGUUUAAUUUUGCAUCAUAAUUUCUACAUUGUCCCCGAGUGUCAGAACUAUAAUUUAUUCCAUUUCUCUCUGUGUCUGUGCCAAGAAACGCAGGCUCUGGGCCUGCCCCCUUGCCCAGGAGGCCUUGCCAGCCUGUGUGCUUGUGGGAACACCUUGUACCUGAGCUUACAGGUACAAAUAAAGAAGCUUUAUUUUUAA